AUGCCGUCCGAACGCGACUACCAGAUCGCCCCGAUCGUCCAAGAAUCCAUCAUACACAACACAAAGUCCCUGUCCAACCUCCAGAACAUCACGGCCUCCCUUUUCGGCGUCGCCGCCGGCAUCCUCGGUCUCGAGUCCUACGCCGGCUUCCUCUUCUACUUUGCCCUGGCCGCCCUCGUCACGACCCUCACCUACGUCCUGCGCAUCGCCCCCACGUCCACCGCCGCCGGCCUGCCGCCGCUGAGCACGGCGCGCUACUUCCGGUCGCCUUUUGACUUUUGGGUCGGCGGCAUCUUCAGCGGGCUGCCGGGCUUCAUCUUGACGUGGACGCUGUUCUUCGGCAUCGUGCGGGCGUGA